AUGUCUUUAGCACCAUCACGCGUCCCCUCACGGGCGCAGAGCAGGAGCCGGGCGCAAAGUAGGAGUCGACCUCAUCUCACACCAGCACCUAUCGUGGUAGACGUUCCGCGGAGUGGCGCCAAAUCACCCCUCAUCAUCGACGUGCCAGUAAGAGCAAGGAGUAGAAGCGUAGGAAGAAAUGGGCCUCUGAUCGCCGCCCCGGGAUUAAGUGGGGGAAGAGGCAUGUUCAAGAGGCUGAUUGUGGCAUGUGACGGAACCUGGAACAACUCAGACGACGGCAUGAAAAACGGCGGUCUCGCAAUCCCAAGCAAUAUCACCCGGAUAUCAAGAGCUAUCAAGGCGGUCAGUCAGGACGGGGUCCCGCAAAUAGUGAAUUAUCACCAAGGCCUGGGGACAGAAGGAGGCCCACUAUCUCGCAUCAUUGGGGGAACGACGGGCAAGGGCCUUGCGGAGGAUGUAAGAGAAGCGUAUUCAUUCCUGGCAAACAACUACCACCCCGGAGACGAGAUCUUCCUCCUUGGCUUUUCAAGGGGGGCAUUUACCGCGCGUUCCAUCGGCGGCUUGAUAGGAGAAAUAGGCCUCCUCACAAAGAAGGGCCUGAACACGCUCCCAGAAGUCUACGAGGACAUUCAGAACCGCAGAAAUCCAGACUACCGACCCAAACACGAAGACGUACCUUUUCCACGGAAGCCACCCGCCGACGACCCGCGCUACGCAGAAGAACUUGAGCGUAGGGGCCUAACUAGACUCGAUAUACCCAUCAAAGCCAUCGGCGUCUGGGACACUGUCGGCUCCCUUGGCAUCCCUCGCGUCGGCAUUCUCCAGCGCGCGGGGCUGCAGAUGAAGCAAUCCCGCGCUACCUCCUUCUACGACACCAAGCUCUCCAACUGCGUUGAAAACGCGUUCCAAGCGCUUGCCCUGGACGAAGCCCGAUCCUCCUUCUCCCCAGCCGUAUGGGAGAAGCCCGAGGGCAACAAGACGACGCUGAGGCAGGUGUGGUUUCCCGGUGCGCAUGCGAAUGUGGGUGGCGGGUAUGAUGACAUGCAGAUUGCGAACAUCACUUUGGCGUGGAUGAUGAGCCAGCUGGAGCCCUUUCUGGACAUGAGAGAUGAGUAUCUGUUUGAGCAGGAUGAGCUUAACGAGAAGUAUUAUAAGAAAGAGGAGGGGGCUGUGAGGCCGUGGAGUUUUGGGAAGGUGUAUAGUGAGAUUAAGGGCGCUUUUGCGCUGGGUGGCAGUACGAUCCGUAAACCAGGCCACUACACAGCCGUAGACCCCUUCAACGGCCGCUCAAGCGACCGGCCCCUCCGCCAAACAAACGAAUACAUCCACCCCAGCGUACGCACACGAUACCGCCUCCAAGGACCCGGUGUGCUCGACAAAGGCGUGUACGAAUGCCGCGCCCUAACCGAUGCUUACAAGCUCGUCGUCGACUACGGCCCCCACAGCCACAAAGUAGGCGACCCAGAAAUCUUCUGGAAAGUCCGGCACUCCGAGGGCCUCGCCGUGCGCGAACUCCCCGAAGCGCCCCUCUGGCGGCUCGAGCGCGAACUCGCACGCCGCGAUCCGCAAAUGUACGACUCGAUCAAGCGGCCGCCUGCCACGGGCGAGAAGAAGAAACGCCGCAGUCAGCAGCAGCGCCCGCUUAGUGCGGACAUGGCUGGUGGUGCGACGGGGAGUCGCGUGCCCAGCCGUGUGCCCAGUGGCGUGGGCAGUCCGCUCAGCCAGAGCCAUGUUAGUCGCAGGCGGCGCGACACGUUUUCUCCCCGCCAGACGUUCCCCGUCGACGAGAGGGGUGCGAGGCGCAGUAGCGCCAUGGUCGAUGGGAAGCGGGAGCGCGUGCGGAGUCGGUCGCGCGCGAGAAGUGUGGAAUUCGAUCGCGAGACGGAGAUUCGAGAGGAGAUGCCGCAUCGCAAGGAAAAGGAUAAGGCCUGGUGGGAGGGACGGAGGUAA